AUGAAGGAGUACCAGCCUCUGCAUAUGGUGAACAGUCCAGAGGAGUUCAUAAAGGUGUUCACGGAUGUUGUACACGUACACCAUUGGGUCUCGGAAAUAUCAAAUAUUCUGCACCGCGGUAUUAGCGCGAACAAUAUCAUGUUCUACCGCGAGGGCGCCAACAUCUAUGGUGUCAUCUCUAGCAUCCAUGAAUCGCGGGGAAAACAAUUCAACAGAUAUGCAUCCAAAGCCCCUCCGACUGCUGGCGAGUCGAGUAAGCAGGUCAAGGAUGGUGAGAUGGAGAACGUUGCCGCUGGACCUUCACAGAGUCGGGACAAGUCCAAGGAGGAUGAUCAAAAGAAGCCGAGAUGCCUGCGCAUCGAUAUCGUCACGACCUCGAGUCGUUCUUCUAUGUUCUUGCGUGGUUUUGUGCGGUGUUUCGUCCCAAAGCCCACAUUUGCGGCGUUUGCGAACCUUGAUCCCGAGUACCGCCAUCUUGCAUACGGGCCGGUCAAGAAACUCCGUCGCUACUUCAGUGUUGUCAACAAUCUCCACUGGAAUAACUUGGUCUAUAUAUGCAGCCAAUAUACUUCGGCGGAGGAGGAGAGUGACAAGGAGCAGAUGCAGAACCUGUUUGAUGACAUUAUGCGGAGGGUGGAGGAGAGGAAUGCGGCAAUCACGUAUGCCGGUUUCAUGGAAUGUCUUUCACCUGCGUGA